AUUUUAAUCUGUAUCUAUCUGGUACAUGUGGUAAUUUGGUGGGCGGUAAUCUUGAGAAUGUUCACUGGACAAUGUUUUGGUUUCAGGAACAAGCCCGAUUCGGUGGAUGUGCGAUUUGCGGAUUUUGACGGCGUUGUUUAUCACAUAUCGAAUUUGGAUGCGGAUCGAUAUAAAAUUAUGGUUAGCGAUUCGUUUGUUACAUUUAUAAUCUACAAGAGCACGGCGCUGAUGACAUUGCAGUUGCUGAAACGAGAAUAUGCAAAUUAUCUGAUGUCUCAGCCAGAGCCAGGCUAUAACGUGUCGAUAUUAUACGAUCUGAACGCCCUGCCCGAAGACAUUGAUCAUAUAAUCUGGCAAGCAUCGCAUCUGAAACGCAAUUGUUUUGCGUCCGUGUUCGAGAAGUAUUUCGAUUUCCAAGCGAAUGGUCAAGAGGGGCAAAAACGGGCGGUUAUUCAUUACCGGGAUGAUGAAACGCUGUUGGUUGCAGAUCUGUUUUGA